GAAACACUGGCUUGCGUCAAGAAUAGCUUUCUCUGGUACAAUAGAAAGAAUGACGUUACACUAUUGUCCCACACAUGUACCAGCUGUGCUGCCAAGGCUCACCCAAAGAACAUUUUUAAGGCAGCCAUGGCUUCCAUUACAGUGGGCAUACCCAUGGAGAGGGUAGCAUUUGAUCUGAUGGGACCACUGAAUGAUACUGAGAGACACAAUCACUAUAUCCUUAUAGAAUUGAAAACCUGCUUCAUCACCAGUCCGGAGUGCCACUUAGCAGAAGAUUUUUGCCGAUAUGGCAGAAAUGUGUCACAGGGACUGGGAUGUGAUGAUCCCGUGUGUCGUUGCGGCUUAUUGAGCAACCGGAUG